AUGUCGCCAGGGAGACACGACAAGACAGUCAAGGGCGAGGGCAAGCUAGUCAUGUUUUGGCCGACAAACCUUCAACAACCAUUCCCACACAGCGAGGGGCUUACUCCGAACAUUGGUGUCAACUAUUUCUUUGAAGAUGGGCUGGUUGCUUCUCCAACAAAACCUUCCGAGCAUGUGGCAUCCUCUUCACCUGCGCCAUCAAGAGCUCAGCGAAGGGGGCUUCUAUUCUGCCAAUUAGUCGCCGCCAUAAGCCACGUUAUAUGUCACAAUGGACGAUAG